AUAAUCGGUAUUUCCGGGAUAUAGUCUUCAUUCGCCAUUUUCUUGGGGAUUUCCAGUGCCCAUAACUGUUACAUCAAUAUUGUUUCCAAAACUUAAUGAAACUAUGUGAAAGCAUGCUUUUGAGAUUGGUCGUCUUCGGGUUUGUUCCCUUCUUCUUGGCACCAGGGCUGUGCUGUCGUCUUAAGGAAUAUGCAACAAGUGACAGUCAAUGCUGUCCGAUGUGCCAUGAAGGUAAAUUGCAUCUGUAACGCUCCUUGGCCUGUGUUGCCUAUUAAAUCUGCAAAGAGAUGGACUAGGAAUCUUUGGGUUAUAAAAUCAGAUAUCUCCUCAACUGUAGUUAGAAUUCUGGUCUUAUCAUCAUAUCUAUCACCCAAAGUCUUUUCAGAUGGAGGUACAGUUGUUCGAAGAGACUGUACACCACAGUCAGGCACACGCUGCGGCCCCUGCAUGAAUGGGACUUUUAUGAACCAGCCCAAUGGACUGAUUAAUUGUUUCACCUGCACCACCUGUGACCAUGGUCAUGGUCUCUUUGCCUAUCAGAGCUGCUCCGCAACGACUGACACAGUGUGUCAUGUUCUGCAUGGAUAUCUCUGUAAAGGUUUAAUGGAUCAUACAGGAUGUAGCUUGGCACAAAAACAUACACGCUGUGCAGCUGGUCAGAGAAUAAAAGAACCUGGUAAGAACAAUUUAAGAACCAGCAGAACGGAUACAGUGUGUGAACCUUGUCCAUCAGGCUAUUUUUCACAGGAUGGUGUAAAUUGCACGGAUUGGAAUGUUUGCUCAGAAACCGAAGUACAUGUGAAAAAAGGAAGCCUGAGCAGCGACGUUGUCUGUGGAACAUCUUCAAGACAUCGUUAUUAUUGUAUACCUGUAAUAUUAAUAUUCACGAUUUGUGUGCUUCUAAUCGGAGGACUUUGGACCAGAGAGUGCAUAUCCAGAUGUCAGAAAGGACAAGAGAGGAGGGCCAUAGUCGAGGGGGGAGCCAUGAGAACGAUGCCUCAGGAUGAUGGCCCACCCCUCCGGAAUCAGGUCGUAUCUCUGCAUCUACACACACUAUCAUAGAGCCUUCAACUGUUAGGGUUGAAUAGUGUAGAACUGUACCUGUUACUUAAAGAGAAACUAUGGUUCACUGCACGUGUGAGUGACAGAUAUGUAGACUUUUUGUCUGAUUCUGUACUCUGCAAAACAGUGAUCAGAGCAGAACAAUGCCAUGGAAUACUCCGAAUAAAAGCGUCCAAUAAAACAAUUGCAGUAAAAUCAGCUAACGGUAGAAUACAUUCAGGCCAUAUCAGAGACGGUAUCCGAUUAAACAGGAAGCAUUUGAGGGAAUAAGGCCAAUAGUAAAAGCGUUAAUCGAAUCAGUAGUAAUAAUUGAAUGUCCUGAUUCACCUUGCAACACACCAUUAUUUCCAGUAAAGAAAACAGCACCACCUACAGGAUGGAGAAUGGUACAAGAUUUACAGGCAGUAAAUAAAGCUGUAAUACCAAGAGCAUCCACAGUCCCAGAUCCACACACUCUUCUAAAGGACAUGGAUCCAGAGAGCAAAUUCUUUUCAGUAAUUUAGUUUUAGACUCAGCAAUGUGCAUGUAUUUUGAGCCAUGGUAUUGACCAUGGCUCAACAGGAGGGAUGGUUACAUUGAUAGAGAAUACAUUCAUAGCAUUUGGCUUUACAAACUACACAAAACAUUUUUGCUUAGCAUGUACAAUAUGUGCAAAGAACAAUCCACAGGGGAACUUUCGUCCCCGAAGAGGCCAAAUGCCGACACCAGAAUAUCCGUUUUCAGCACAUUUUAUUGAACUAAAUAAAUGUGAAGGAAAGAAAUAUUGUUUUAACAAUAAUAGACACAUAUACGUCCUGUGGUGUAUCGCUAACACGGAGGCUGCCCCGUCACUGUGUCCCUGCCCACCGUCUAACCGGCUGACCUGCUGCUGGGCCCGGGUGCCUGCAGUCUGUGGCUACAGCUGACACACUCGACCCCUCUGCCCAGCUGGUUUCGUAGCCUCCUCGACAUCACCUGGACUAUGAAACUGCUGGAUCAUACUGUUUCUGACCCCUCUACACCACCACGGGGAUCAUCAAACUUUUCAUAUGGAUUGCUCUUUGUUUUGUGUCUACACUAUAUGUCUGGUUUUGUUUGUCUGCUCUCCCUCUCAUUGUUUUUGCUGUUUUUAUCUCCUGUAUUUUGUAAGGUGCCUUGAAAUUAAUCUCCUCCUGCCCUCGAUCAGUAAUGACUUAACUUCAACCUGCGGAACCUCAAAAACGGCUAACUCCUGAAAUAUAUCUAGACUGUUUUACUCCAAUUGACCUUAACCAACUAACUUCAACAAACACGUCCAAGCCAUCAACCUGUCUUUUAGACCCGAUUCUAACUAAGCUGCUUAAAGAAGUUUU